UGCAGGGGAUGACCAUAGACUGCGGACAGAGUACACAGGAGAUGACCAGAGACUGUGGACAGAGUACAGGAGAUGACCAGAGACUGCGGACAGAGUACAGGAGAUGACCAGAGACUGCGGACAGAGUACAGGAGAGAGACCAGAGACUGUGGAUAGAGUACAGGAGAUGACCAGAGACUGCAGACAGAGUACAGGAGAUGACUCAGACUGUGGACAGAGUACAGGAGAUGACUAAGAGACUGCUGACCUUUGGGGAGGGAGGGGGAGCGGUGUGGGCACCCGGCUGACAGCCGAGUGCCCAGUGC